UUUUUAAAAAAUUAUUCAAUUUCCUUCCCCUUUCUUCCUAUUUUUCUUUCCCAUUUUUAUUUAAUAAUCCCGCUCUAAAAUUGUUAUUAUUUUUUGUUUCGUCUCAAUUCAAUUGUUCUCUCAAUCACAAUUAUUUUAUUAAAAUAAAUUUACACUUAAUUUACGCUGUCCUAACCAAUUAUUUUUAUUUUUUUAUUUUUUUAUGUUUCCAUAAAAAUUAAUUAAAAAAAUAAUUUUUUUAAAUUUAGAAAUGCUUUGGAAUAAUUUUUUGAAUAAAAAUAAAAUAUUUGUUUUUAAUGAAGAAAGGGAUAAUAAAGAAAAUAAAGUAGUGAAAAUAGAUCAACUUGAGUUAUUACUCCGUCAGUGCACAGAACAUGCACUAACCCCCAGUCAGCUGGCGGAUUUAUUCCCAUUGGCGAGGAUUUGCCCUGAAAAUGUACUAUCAAGUCGCGGAAUGUCACAGGUCUUUAACGAAUUAAAAUCAAAAACACAAAAAACACAAAAAAACAAAAAAGUACAAAAAACACAAAAAAAUACAAAAACACAGAAAAAUACAAAAAACACAAAAAUACAAAAAAGUACAAAAAACACAAAAAAAUACAAAAACACAGAAAAAUACAAAAAACACAAAAAUACAAAAACACAGAAAAACACAAAAAAUACAAAAAUACACGAAACACAAAAAAACACAGAAAAAUACAAAAAAAGACAAAAAAAAAUACAAGAAAAUACAAAAACACAAAAUUACAAAAAUAUUUAUUUUAAAGGAAGAAGCCCAACUUCAACAACAACAAGCAAUAGACAACAACUACACCAACUACAACAUUUCUUUACUCAACCAAUAAUUUCUUCAAUAAUUUCUGUUUUAUUAAUUCAAAUUAUAUUUUUAUUUGGAAUUUUUAUUAUUUCUAAAAUUUUUAAUCCAUUUAAAUAUUUAAUUAAUUUAAAUUCUGAAAAAUUAAAAAAAUCAACUAAACGUUUAUGCGAAUAUUAUAUAGCACAACGUGGGGGCGUGGAAGUGAAAAUAUCUGAAAAAGAAAUUUUGCCUGGAGAUUUAAUUAAAUUAACGAGUGGACAGAGAGUGCCUGUUGAUUGUAGAAUUUUGCAUGUUUUGAAAGAACCUUUUCUUGUUAAUCAAAGUAGUAUUUUUCAACAACAUCAAAAUUUGGGAGAAAAUAAUAUAAUAAUAGAAUUAAUAUCAAAAACAUCACCAAAUCAUUUAAAUGUACUUGAAGCAAGAAAUAUAGCUUUUGCUGGUUUUAAAUGUUUAAAUGGGGAGGCUUUUUGUAUUGUUUUAAGAACUAGAGAGGAAACGCUUCUAUCAAAACUUAAUUCUAAAACAUCAGCCAAAACAACAAUUAAAAAUAUCCCUCCCCCUCCCUAUUAUUUAACAUCACCUACAUUAACUAAGGAAAAUAAUAAUGGUAAAGAAGAGGGAUUUGAUAAAAAUAAAAAUAAAUUAAAAUUAUUGUUUGGUUGGCCAAUUGUUUGUAUAGCUGCUUUUUGUUCGUUAAUUGCUUCUUUAGCUUUUGGUUAUUCUUUGUUUUUGUUGUUGCCGUCGACUGAAAAUCAGAAUAAUAAAACCAACUGGUACCACAACUCAAUCCAAUUAUUAAUUCCUUUUGUCUGUACAUUUAUUGCCCUACUCAUCUCUACACCUCCCUAUGCUUUACCUUUAACUUUAUUAAUUAGACAAUGGUAUACUCAACGUUAUCUUGCUUGUAAUAAAGAGAAAAACAAUCCAACAGAAUUUAGAUUUAUUAAAAAACAAGAGAAUAAAACUGAAAAUUAUUUUUUAAAUGGAGGGGGAAUAAUGGGAAAUGAUUGUAUUUUAAUUAUCCAUAGUAACUCUUUAUUAGGAGGAAAUCAGCCUUUCCUCUCAGAUAUUUGGAUGGUUAGUGAAAAAAAUAAUCGGCAUAUUUCCACAAAGACUUUCCCAAAAUAUCUUGAUAACCAAACUAUUAAAUUUAUAAAAAUGGGUGUCUCUGCAAUUUUUAAAAAUUUACCUUUGGAAAAUAAUAGAAUUAAUAAUUGUGAUUAUAAUCAAUUAAAACCUGAAUAUUCUGCUUUACUUAAGUAUACCAAAGAAUUAGGAAUAUCAAUAGAUGAAUGCCAAAAUGAUGAAAACAAAUUUGUUUUAAUUGGUCCACCAGAAGAAAUUUUUGGAAUGUGUUCAUUUAUUAAAGAAGAAAAUAAUGAAAAUAAUAAUUUGGAAGAUAAAAAUAAUUUUGUCGAUUUAAGAGAAGAACAUUUGAUGGAAUUUGAAGAACAAUUUCUUCGUUUUUGUGUCCAACGAAAACGCUGUCUGGCCCUAGCAGUUAAUUCAACACCCCCACCAAUUAAUAACAAUAACAGCCAAAAUAAUUUAAAAAAUAAAAAUUUUUGUUUUGUUGGAUUAUUUGCUUUUGAAGAUGCUCUUUUAAAUAUUAAAUAUUUAAAUAAAUUGGAUAAAUUAAUUGAAAAUGGCCCAAAAAUGAUUUUUAUAGGAGAUGAACAUCCAGCAUUAUUAAUUGCUAAAAUAAUGGAAUUAAAUGAAAAAAGACCCCAAAAAUUGAUUAACACAACAUAUUCAAUAAUUACCCUUUUAUUAUUGGAAAUGGAACGGCUAAAAUUGAAAAUUCUGAAAAUAAUAUGGAGAGGGGGAAUAAUGAAAAUAAUAAGGUAA